CGGGCAUCAGCGGGGCGCCUCAUUGGGAAUCCGAAGCGGGGAGGGAGCGGGCUGCAGGCUUUGCUGUCUCACUCAGCCCUCCAGUGUCUCGGAAAGGCAAAAGCAGCGAGCGCGCAGCACCUGUCUGCGGCGGGAGGAGGAGCGGGAGGGCGCGGAGGCGCUAGGUGUGAGUCAGUCUCCCGGGGACCCAGCGGCUGGAAGGAAGAAGCAAUGUUUACUCGGUAGAUAUGAGCGAGAUCCGCCGCGGACGAGGGGCUUCUGUGCGGAACCGCUCGCCGACUCAGCCCGGGCUGCUACACAGUGUAGCUCGGACGCUGUGAGAUUCAAGAAUCUGGUGAAAGGGAGAGAGUGGACAAUGAAAAUGGACAUGGAGGAUGCUGACAUGACCCUGUGGACGGAGGCCGAUUUUGAAGAGAAGUGCACAUACAUCGUCAAUGACCACCCGUGGGACCCCAGUGCCGAUGGAGGCACCCUCACUCAGGCAGAGGCUUCCUUGCCAAGGAACUUGACUUUCAAAUAUGCAUCAAACUGCAAAGAGGUCACUGGAGUUAUAAGCAAAGAGUACAUCCCAAAAGGAACGCGCUUUGGACCCCUGGUAGGAGAGAUCUAUACCAGCGAUACGGUUCCCAAGAAUGCGAACAGAAAAUACUUUUGGCGGAUCUAUUCAAGUGGUGAGCUUCACCACUUCAUUGAUGGAUUUAACGAGGACAAGAGCAACUGGAUGCGUUAUGUAAACCCUGGCUACUCAGUUCAGGAGCAGAACUUGGCAGCCUGUCAGAAUGGAAUGAACAUCUACUUCUACACUAUCAAGCCUAUCCCUGCCAACCAAGAGCUGCUUGUGUGGUAUUGCCGAGACUUUGCAGAGAGGCUGCACUAUCCCUCCUCCAGAGAGCUGACAAUGAUGAACCUCACACAAACCCACGUUAAUCCAAAGCAGCACAGUGCUGAUAAAGAUGAGCUCUAUCAGAAGAGUGUCCCAAAGAAGGAGCACAGUGUGAAAGAAAUCCUGAAAAUGGAAUCCAGUCCUCCCAAAGGGAAGGACUUCUUCCAGACCAACAUUUCACCAGUUACUCCAGAAAAGGAUUUGGAUGAUUUGCGUAAGAACUAUAGCCCAGAGAGGUGUUUCUUCCCUCGAGUUGUCUACCCGAUCCGACCUCACAUUCCAGAAGACUAUCUGAAAGCUUCCUUAGCAUAUGGGAUGGACAGACCCAGCUACAUUACUCACUCACCCAUCCAGUCAUCUACUACACCAAGUCCUUCUGGGAGGAGCAGUCCAGACCAAAGUUUAAAGAGUUCAAGCCCUCACAGCAGCCCAGGGGUCACAGUUUCACCUCUGGCACCGACUUCCCAAGAGCACAGAGAGUCAUACUCAUACCUGAAUGGAUCCUAUGGCUCAGAAGGAUUGGGUUCUUAUCCCGGAUAUGCACCCCCUAGCCACCUCCCAUCUGCCUUCCUACCAUCCUAUAGCCCUCACUACCCCAAAUUUCUGUUACCUCCAUUCAAUAUGGGCUGUAAUAACCUGAGCGCUUUGAACAAUAUCAACGGCAUCAACAAUUUCAAUCUCUUCCCACGGAUGUAUCCCCUUUAUGGCAACCUGCUCAGUGGAGGUAGCCUUUCCCACCACAUGUUGAACCCCACCACGCUCCCCAGCUCAUUGCCCAGCGAAGGAGGCCGUCGAUUGCUGCAGCCGGAUCAUCCAAGAGACUUCCUCAUACCAGCACCUAACAGUGCCUUCUCUAUCACGGGCGCUGCUGCCAGCAUGAAGGACAAGCCAUGCAGCCCCACCAGCGGGUCACCCACAGCUGGUACAGCAGCCAGUUCAGAACACAUAAUGCAACCUAAACCUACCUCAGUGGUGUUGGCUGCCACCGGCGGUGAAGAAGCCAUGAAUCUCAUUAAAAGCAAGAGGAAUGUGACUGGUUACAAAACCCUCCCGUACCCACUGAAGAAGCAGAACGGGAAGAUCAAGUAUGAAUGCAACGUUUGCUCCAAGACCUUUGGCCAGCUCUCCAAUCUGAAGGUGCACCUCCGAGUACACAGCGGAGAGAGACCGUUUAAAUGCCAGACUUGCAAUAAAGGCUUCACACAGCUGGCUCACCUCCAGAAGCACUAUCUGGUACACACAGGAGAGAAGCCCCACGAGUGUCAGGUUUGUCACAAGCGGUUUAGCAGCACCAGCAAUCUCAAAACCCACCUGCGGCUCCACUCUGGAGAGAAGCCUUACCAGUGCAAGCUGUGCCCAGCCAAAUUCACCCAGUUCGUGCACCUGAAGCUGCACAAGCGUCUCCACACCCGGGAGCGGCCCCACAAAUGCAUCCACUGCCACAAGAGCUACAUUCACCUCUGCAGCCUCCAGGUCCACCUGAAGGGCAACUGCCCUGUCGCCCCAGCCUCCGGCCUCUCGAUGGAAGAGCUGAACCGAAUCAACGAGGAGAUCGAGAAGUUCGACAUCAGUGACAAUGCCGACAAGCUGGAAGAGGUGGAGGACAAUAUCGACUUAACGUCCAUCGUGGAGAAAGAUAUACUGACCGUGCUCAGAAGGGAAAUGGAAGGAGCCAAUCUCAAAGUAUCUUUACAGAGGAACCUGGGAAACGGACUUAUCUCCUCAGGAUGCAACCUUUAUGAAUCUUCAGAUAUGUCAAUUAUGAAGUUGCCUCACGGUCACCCACUACCUCUGUUACCUGUAAAGGUCAAGCAAGAAACAGUUGAACCAAUGGACCCUUAA